GCAGUGGUCAUCGUAGGUUCAUUACUUAGUCACUCGUUAGCGUUCGAACUACACACCUUAGAGAUGCAUUCAGAAAUUAUUUUUAUUUUCGCGUUAUGCGGAUUCGUUCAUUCGAAGUUGAUAAAUUUAUCGUGCAGUCAAAUUCGCGAUAUUGUCGAUGGUCACAACUCACGUAGGCUCCAGUUGGCUCAAGGAGCAGUGCCCGGACAUCCCGCCGCUUCAGAUAUGAAAUAUAUGGUUUGGGAUGAAGAAUUGGCAGCAAAAGCUAGGAAGUGGGCUUCGAAGAAUGUAUUCGAUCAUAAUCCGGACAAAACUAUCGGCUCUGGUAGAUUUAAAACAGGUGAGAACCUAUACUUUUUCGGUAGUAGCAAUCCGGAUGCCAAGAUAAAUAUAGAGCAAGGUCUUAGUGCGUGGUUUAAUGAAUACAAAGACUACAGCUACGGUCCGAUGACAAUGAGUCUAUUUGAUGGUUCAUCACAAGUUCAAAUUGGUCAUUACACGCAGAUGGCGUGGGCUGAUACUACUUACGUCGGCUGUGGAUUAUCACAAUAUUCGGAGGGCGGUAUGAAAACAUUCCUCCUUGUUUGUAAUUAUGGGCCAAGUGGUAACAUCUUAGGACAGGUUCCAUACACAGCGUCAGAGGAGGGCAGCGAAGGCUUAUUUUGCAGCAUCGGAGACUGCAGCGUGCCUUACGGCGACAACUGCUGAUACCAACUCUCAUUCUAUCUGUAUUGUACAUUCGAGGGCUUUAUUUAAGAUACAUUUCGAUGCAAUGCUAUUUAAUUUUCAUAGUACAAUUAGGUCAAAAAUGUGUCCAGCAAUAUAUUAAGUCCAAAAUAGUUUAUAUGGUGAUAGUUUGCUUUUCCAUAUUCUGCCGACUCGACCGUACAAUUUUUCUAUAUGUUAUUUAUUGUCCUUCUGUGUAUAGCAAAAAAUACUCUAAUUUAUUAAAUUACUCUGCAUCUCAAA